AUGGUUAUGAAAGCUUCAGUAGAAGAGGAUGAUUCGGGAUGGGAGCCCAACAUACCUGAGAAAAUGGAAAAGGGUAAUACGAGCUGGAUAGAUAUUACCCAGGAUUUUGAAGACUGCUGUAGAGAACUGAAGUUGGGGGAGCUGCUUCAUGACAAACUGUUUGGUCUUUUUGAAGCUAUGUCUGCGAUUGAAAUGAUGGAUCCCAAAAUGGAUGCUGGUAUGAUUGGAAACCAAGUUAAUCGGAAAGUUCUUAACUUUGAACAAGCUAUCAAGGAUGGCACAAUUAAAAUUAAAGACUUAUCUUUACCUGAGUUGAUAGGAAUAAUGGACACUUGCUUUUGCUGCUUGAUAACGUGGUUGGAAGGCCAUUCUUUAGCUCAGACAGUGUUCACUUGCCUUUAUAUUCAUAAUCCAGAUUUUAUUGAGGAUCCUGCCAUGAAGGCGUUUGCUCUGGGGAUUCUAAAAAUUUGUGAUAUUGCCAGAGAAAAAGUAAACAAAGCUGCAGUGUUUGAAGAGGAAGAUUUUCAAUCCAUGACAUAUGGAUUUAAGAUGGCAAACAGUGUGACAGAUCUUCGAGUAACAGGUAUGCUGAAGGAUGUUGAGGAUGACAUGCAAAGGCGAGUUAAGAGCACUCGAAGUCGGCAAGGAGAAGAGAGAGAUCCAGAAGUGGAGCUUGAACAUCAACAGUGCUUUGCAGUAUUCAGCAGAGUGAAAUUUACCCGAGUGUUAUUGACUGUAUUAAUAGCCUUUACCAAAAAAGAGACCAGUGCAGUUGCAGAAGCUCAGAAACUGAUGACUCAAGCAUUUGACUUGCUGUCUGCUAUCCACAACUCAUUACAUCAUGGUAUUGAGGCUCAGAAUGACACAACAAAAGGAGAUCAUCCUAUUAUGAUGGGGUUUGAGCCACUUGUUAAUCAGAGAUUACUUCCUCCAACUUUUCCUCGUUAUGCAAAAAUUAUUAAAAGGGAAGAAAUGGUCAACUAUUUUUCAAAGCUUAUAGACAGAAUAAAAACUGUGUGCGAAGUUGUCAAUUUCACUAAUUUGCACUGCAUUCUGGAUUUUUUCUGUGAAUUUAGUGAACAGUCACCUUGUGUUCUUUCAAGAUCACUGUUACAGACCACUUUUCUUGUGGACAACAAAAAAGUGUUUGGUACUCACCUUAUGCAAGAUAUGGUGAAAGAUGCCCUGAGAUCUUUUGUCAGUCCUCCAGUCCUUUCACCUAAGUGUUGUCUAUAUAACAACCACCAGGCUAAGGACUAUAUUGACUCCUUUGUCACACAUUGUAUUCGACCAUUCUGUAGUUUGAUUCAGAUACAUGGGCAUAAUAGAGCUCGCCAGAGAGAUAAGCUUGGUCAUAUUCUUGAAGAAUUUGCUACUCUGCAGGAUGAGGCAGAGAAAGUGGAUGCAGCGCUUCACAGUAUGCUGCUGAAACAAGAACCCCAAAGGCAACAUUUGGCUUGCUUAGGCACCUGGGUCCUUUAUCACAACCUUCGCAUCAUGAUACAGUAUCUUCUGAGUGGGUUUGAACUGGAGCUGUACAGCAUGCAUGAAUAUUAUUACAUAUAUUGGUAUCUCUCUGAGUUUCUCUAUGCCUGGUUGAUGUCAACACUGAGCCGUGCUGAUAGCUCUCAAAUGGCUGAGGAAAGAAUCGUGGAAGAGCAGCAGAAAGGCCGCAGUAAUAAAAAAACAAAGAAAAAGAAAAAAGCUCGUCCUCUGAGCAGAGAGAUCACUAUGAGCCAAGGUUAUCAAAACAUGUGUGCUGGAAUGUAUAAGACUAUGAUUGCUUUUGACAUGGAUGGCAAAGUGAGAAAACCAAAGUUUGAACUUGACAGUGAACAAGUACGGUAUGAGCACAGAUUUGCCCCAUUCAACAGUGUCAUCACACCACCACCAGUGCACUAUUUACAAUUCAAGGAAAUGUCUGAUCUAAACAAAUACAGCCCACCUCCUCAGUCCUCUGACCUCUACAUGGCAGCUAGCAAGCACUUUCAGCAAGCAAAAAUGAUACUGGAGAAUAUCCCUAAUCCAGAUCAUGAGGUGAAUCGAAUUCUUAAAGUUGCUAAACCCAAUAUUGUGGUCAUGAAACUGCUGGCAGGAGGUCACAAAAAGGAGUCUAAAGUUCCUCCAGAAUUUGACUUCUCCCCUCACAGAUACUUCCCAGUAGUGAAGCUUGUUUGAAAGAAGAGCAAAUGUUCUGUAACUCAUGCAACUAAGAGCUGCCUCUGGUAUGCUCUUUUAUAUACUGUGCUCAGAAGGGACAUGGUGCUCUUCGACACAAGUAUUGUGUCGAGAAUAACUGUACUCUGACUUCCUUACAUGGUCUGAAUGACAACUGCUGUUUUAAAGUGGCUUGUACAAUGUUCUUCUGCUGGAAAUGGUUUUUAUCAACUAUGUUGUUGAAGCAUUGUGCAUUGUUUGAUUUUAUUACAGACUUAUAAAUUUUAUGAAUUGUAUUGAACCAUUUGUAAACAUUUCAUAACACACUUGACACU